AAGGGGGCGGACCUGAUUCUGGCGCAUGCAUAAGAACAAGAGGAUGGCCAAAGGACGGUAAAUAAUACAACUCGCCAAUUACUGGUCAUGGCCGAUUUCAAUGCAAAUAAUUUCCACAUGAGUUAUCCACUCGAAUGGGUGAUUCAAUGGCAAAGAACCUUUGAAACGGCCAGGAUCUGCAUAUUGUUGGAAAUUCAGGCCAUUAGAGAUUCCUUCUCUAUCAUACUCCCUUGAGUGAUUGAAUGCCCUCCACAAUUAUUACCAAAACAGUGAAAUUUGUCUCGUAGUAUCCUGUGCUUCUGGCAAAGUUGCCUUUGUCUGGGAAUGACCUUGACUACAAUGGUUGUCACAAGCUCCAAAAAACAUGGCAAAACAAAAACAAAACAGCCUGGUGCUCAUGAAUGGGUCACAGUGACCCAGGGUGUUAAUGCUCGUGGCUGGGCAAUCCUGCCAUACAUCAUUGUCAAGGGUCAAUAUAAUCUUCUCUCUUGGUAUCAGGAUAGCCAACUACCAAUAGAUACUACAUCAGAAAACAGUUGGACAACUAACGAGCUCGGCUUUGAAUGAAUUAAGCACUUUGACAAAUACACAAAGG